GUAAUAUGGACGACGGACUUCGGGACAGGCCAGGUGUAACAUCUCGUUUCUUUCACAGUUUGGAAGUGAAGUAUCAAUACUAUCUCGAUCGUCUCACGCCACAUACUGCAUUCCGAUGGGUUAUCGCUCUGAUCUCGCUCGUCUUCUUUGCGUCUAGAAUUAUUCUCUUGCAAGGAUUCUACAUUGUUGCAUAUGCUGUCGGUAUCUACUAUUUGAAUCUCUUCUUGCUCUUUUUAACUCCAUCAAUUGAUCCAGCUUUAGAGUUCGAGGAUGAAGAUGAUGGUCCAGUUCUUCCAUCGAAAACAAACGACGAAUUCCGCCCAUUCAUGCGUCGUCUGCCAGAGUUUAAGUUUUGGCACUCCUUCAUGAAGGCCACUCUGAUCGCAAUCACUUGCACCUUCUUCGAAUUCUUCGAUGUUCCAGUAUUCUGGCCAAUUCUUGUCAUGUAUUUCUUCAUCCUUACCUUCCUCACUCUCAAGAGACAGAUUAUGCAUAUGAUCAAAUAUCGAUACAUUCCAUUCACAGUGGGAAAGCCACGAAUGGCUGGAAAGGAAGACACCGGCAAAGUUGUCGUCGGUUGAAACGGGUCACUCUUAAUCUGUCGUUCUUAGUCUUGUUUUAAAGUUUUUCGUAAAAUAUUAAAACAGUUUCAUAAUUCUAAUUGUUAUUUUGAAAGAAUUAUAGAAACACAUAUGACUUAUUUAUUCAAAAGCCAAUGUUUUGAAACAUCUCAAAGUAACGAGUCCCCGUAUUAAAUUAUUUGCUUUCCUCCUGUUUUCCCUUUUGAUUUUUUAAUAGUUUAUUGCUCUUUCACACAACGUUUCCUUCCAAAAUCAGCUUUGUCUUUGCUCCAAUAAUAAAAAAACGACCUGCUUGAUUUGUUGCGCGUCUUCUUACCAAAUGUGAUUUUAUUCGUGUUUUAUGUUUGAUGAAAUGAAUUCUCAAGAUGAUAA